ACUUUCUAUGUUUGAAUCAUUUGUAUUGUAGCUUGGUUGGUCUGAAAGUACCUUACAAAACCUUCAUAUAGAGAAAAUACUUUCCAUAAUUUUUUUGUAAGAAAACACCUUAUAAGAUCAAAACAAUGCGGUGAGUACCAUAAGCACAUUAUGCAUAAACUAGAUCAUUUUCCGUCGUUGUUGGUUAACCUUUACCCCUACUUUAUCCUUGUAGGCUGACAUAAAGAAAUGGUAGGAAAAAGAGUUUAGAGAUGUUUAUGAGGUGAGGAAAAGGCAUAAAGGAUAGUUGAACCUGUCUUUUAGGCUGUUACUUAAAAAUAGGUUCCUAGUUCUACUUCAUAAAGUCUUGAUCUUAUAAGGGGAACUUUUGACAAUAUGUUGAUAUAUAAAUAACAACGACUUUUUAACUAAAUGAAGUUUUCCAAAGGAUUUCUUACAACAAUUUGUAUCAGGAUUGAAGAAUUAAAUGUUCGUUAUUCAUAUAGUAGAAGUCAAAUUGUGUUCUAAGUUUUACAUUAAUAUAAUUGGAGCACUGCUUGGAACUUAAUUUUUCUCUAUGUAUCUAAGUGAAAUGAAAGAAUUAUUGUGAUCAUUAUGCAUCACUUGAGCAUGAAAUAUCUACUUUUUGAAUUUAUUAGUCUUUGGGAAAAAGCACAAAAUUAGGUUUCACGAGCAAGUCAAAAUCUGGUGUUAAAAGUUGUGUGAUUGGUGAAGAAUUUGUUUUGUUGCGCUUCACUUAAGAAUACCACAUUUUCCAUUUAAACGCGUGCUUAGUAUUUAAGAGGGCAAAACAUUUUGCUCUAUCAUGAACUACAAUCAUCCUAUCGUUAAUAAAACACUGGAUUUUGAUCAUUGUCUAUUUGGAUGCAGUAGAUUUUGGAAGAUGUGAAUCUGAUCUCGUUUAGUUUGAGUUUCCUUUUUGGAGUUGUAAAUCUGAUUACAUUUUCCAUUUGUUUUCUUAUGUCUUAAUAAUUGCAUAGUUAAUAACUUAAGAAUCAGAGUGGUUGGUAGCUCAUAGCUCAUAGCUCAUAGCUCAGCUCAUAUCUCAGUUGGUUUGAGGUUUGUGCAAGUGUGGGAUUGAUUCUCAUCCCUCUCGUUGUGGCUUUCUACGCACCAUAAAAAAAUUUUAACUCAAAUAUCUCAUUUCUCCCCCUAUUUGAACUUUAGUUGGCUCAUUCAUAUAGCUCGAAAACAAUCUUGUUGUGUUCAUCACAUCAUGCCGUAUGUGGUAAACCAUGGAAGACUACCCACGAAACUUCUAUAGAGUCUUCUCAACCUUCCUGUUCCCUUCAUACUAUGGUAGUUUUCAUACAAUAAAAAAGUUCACUCUUGCUAUCAGAUAAUGGUGUCUAUCUUAGGAUGAAAUAAUUGGCAUAUCAUUGUUGUUUUACUCCUAACAUCCACGUCAUACAAAAUUCUCUUCAUUAUUUGCAAAAUAAAGAUUCCAUCUUCACAUCGAUGAACUUGAAUUAUAAGAGUAAUCUAUAAGGCCCAAAUUUGCUAUCUCAAAAUUUCCUUCUGCCUCAAUAAAAUAUGUUAAAUAUUUUUGGACAAAGUGAUAACAACAUAUCAUUGUUGUUUUGUUGCUUUACGUUGUGGGCAUGCACAUUCAAUUCCUCGUAAAGCCUUGCUGGUUUUGUUGGAAGUCUAUAUUUGUAUAUAUGCACUUGGAGCUUGUUUUAAAAAGUACAAAACCUUUUUUAACUUGUAAGCACAAUAUUCUUUUUACUCACGCAAAAGUCUUAGGGUGAUCAACAAGAAUCUCCACUUCAAAUUGCAUUUGAAAAUAGCCGAUUUCAAAUCACAUAGUAACAUUUCCAACUUUUUUCGAGCUAACAAACAAUCCAUGUGUAUUUGUACUUUUCCAAGUCUUUCCACUAUAGAAUACAUAUCACCUUAUUCCAAGUUUUUUUUGGUAUCUUUCCAUGAAUUAUCAUCUAGGUUUAGCUUGAAUUGUGAUCCCAUUGGAUAUUAACUACUUUUAUGAUUGUAUUUUAACAUGCAAAUUGCACAUGUUCUUGCAUAAACUAGUUUAAAAACCUUUAUUUUUUACUACUAGGCUCAUCAAUUAGAGGGUGACAUUAUCCAAACUUCUUAAGCUAUAGAUGAAUAAUACGUAGAUUUUCAAAGAUCGUUACCUUGAGAAUAAUAAAUUUUCAUCUUUUGGUGGACAUGUAACAGAUGUAAGAGAAAUCAAUGUCACCACUAUUUACUUAUUAUUGAGGCAAAACAUAACUUUAGAUUGAGAUGUCUAUUUCUUGAUUUUUUUUUAUUGAUACAUAUGCCAUAUGACAGUGUCAUCUUAUUCACAAUUCUACGAAUAAUAAUUUGAAUUUUUCAUGUUGAACAUUCUAACUAUAUGAUUGUUCGCUACCCCUAUGUCUCACCUACAUUGUUGUUUGUCUCACCUACAUUGUUGUUUUUGUCUUUAUGAAAAGGAUGGUGGAAGUUAGUGGGGAAAGUAAAUAGGGAGGAGAGACAAAGAAAGAUUGAAGUACAACCAAGUUACUUACAAAGGAAAUGGUGUAGAAUAUGAGGAGCAUAGGAGUAUAGAUAUAACCAAGAUUUCUUAGUCGUUGAACGAAAGGACACUAUUCAUCGUCUAAAUAUGGAGUCUAAUCAGUAAUCAGCAAGGGAUUGACGCUCCAUCUUCCAGAUGCGCUUGUAGUGUUAAGUGUGCAAGGGUUGCUAGGUUGUUCUUCAUAAGCGAUUCACCAUAUCUCCUUAAUGUAGUGUCAAGUGAGCCAAGAUUGUUAUGAUUUAGGGAUAAGAGAUGAAAGAAAAUAAUUCAAUCUAAGCUAAUAUUAGCAUCUUAGACGAAAGACAAAUGUAAAAUUGAUAUUCUUGCAUUUUUGAUACAAAAUGGGUUAGGCUAAAUUAUUUACAAAGGAAAAAUGCUAAUUAAUGUAUAAAUUGAAGGUGUAGAAGCAUCGUGUUUUAGGACGUUUGGAGGAACAUCCUAUGCUUUUGUCCACUGUCACAUGAUUCGCUAAUUUUCUUGCGAAUAGCGAAUCAAAAUAAGCGAAUUCUGGUCGGUUUUGGGCUAUUUUAGGGUUGUUUUGAGUGAAUCGCAAAUUCAAAAAGCGAAUUAACUGGCGAAUCAUGUUACAUUGCUUUUGUCCAAUAUUUGUUCGCCACAUAUUACAUUAUAAUGAUUACAUCACUCUUGUUACGCAUCACCGUGUCCAUUAUCGCAAUAGCGGGCGUUAAUGCAUUUUUGUAUUAUUUUUUGGACAUUAGAAAGUAAUCUUAAGGAUUUUUCGGGAGUAAGAUGGAGUGUUGAAAAGUAUAUCCACAUUAGAAAAGCUAUAUUCUAGCAAUGAUUUUAAUGGAAUUUUGGAUAUGAAAUGAGAUUUGAGGAGGGAAAGUUUAAUUUAGAUUUUGCACAAUCAUAUAACUUGUAGUACAUAACACAAAGCAUGGAAACUAUUUGGUACAUGAGACAGUACUUAUGAAAUUUUUUUGGUUAGUUAAUGGCAAAGUAAGGUAUAUCAUAUAACUAUAUAAGUUUAUUGGUACAGUCCAAGAUAUAUAAGUGCAAGCCAAUUUUAGGACAUGUGGAGGAGCGAUUACAUCAUUUUCUUUUUGUAUAACAGUGACAUGAGAUAUGACGACCUAUUCAUGGAGAAUUUCCAUGAUUGGUACAUUGUUGUCUUGCUAAUGACAUCUUUUUAGUGGAUGAAACUUGAGAUGGGUCAAAGUUUGGCUAGUAAUAUGAAGGUAGGUGAUGAGAUAAAUUAAGACGAAGUAUAUGGAAUGUUGUAUUGGCAUGGAUGAUCAUAGCAAAGACUUUUUACAUGUAGAUGUGAAGGAAUUUUUUCCUAGUGAGUGCUUAAGUACUAUGGAUUAUUUUUCACAAGACUUGUAACCAAAAGGUGAUGUUGAGCUUUUGAAAGAGAUUUUUAAAGAUGAUAAGGGUAUUUGAGAUGUGCAUGUUAUGAUGGAUGAAUGAAAAUACUUUAAACUUUAAAGAAUAGAGUUAAAAAUGAAGACACAAUAAAGGAUUUUGGAGUUCAAACUUUUGAAGGCAAAAUGAGAAAGCUAUUUAUGUCGUUUUCAUAGAAUAAGACUGAAAAAUGCACCACUUAGAUUAAUGAAUGUUUAGAAUUUCAGGAGCCUAAAAAAGGAUGAGGUUGACCUAAGAUAACAUGUGAAUUAUAGUUUUGAAGAAUAAAAUGAAAAUUAAAAUUUGUGGGACCAUAUGACAAUAGAUAAGACCUAAUGUGUUAGAGUAUAGGUUUUAAUUCAGAAAAAAUUAUGGGUUAAGGUUUUUAGAUCUAGACUCAUCCUGAACCCAAACCCAACCCACGAGCGGUGAACCAUCCUCUCAUUAAGUUUAUACCUAUUUAAAUUCAUAUAGACUCAUUUGGGAAUAGAUUUGACCUAUAGCUCCAUUUGAAGCUUAGUUAAAAUUGGUGUGAUAAGAACACUUAAAUUAAAACCCAUUUGAGAUGGUAGACUCAUCAUAUUUAUUGGGUUUGGUUUUGGAUUUUGAAUUUUCAGGAUGAUCAUGUUUGUAAUUUCUAUUCUUGUAUGGUGGGAGAUAAUCAAGUGGCCUGGUCCUUUUUCUUUAGGCAUCACCCUUUUGAAAGAGACCUUUAUUGUGUUGUUGAGUUGUUAUCCAUUCUUUAGAAUUUUACCACAUUUAAAAGUUUGUAUUCAAGGUCUUAAGGUCCAGAUAUAUCUAAAGGCUUCUCUUAUGCUUUCCUUUUACUCAUGCUUAGUAUCAUUUUCUUCCUCAUUAAAUCACUUUUUUGCGGUUAACUUAAUUUGAAAAUCAAUAGUUCCCUAUUAGAUUAAAGCUUAUGUGUGGUUGGUGGUUUUAGGGAAGGUCAAUACUAUGGAGAAUCUCCAAAUUACUGAUAAAGCGUUGAAUUCGCAACGAUGUGUUAUGUGCUUGAAAGAUGGAGAGGAUAAUGAUAAUCUCUUUUUGCAUUGUAGUUUCAUGUGAGAACUAUAGGGCAAACAUUUUAAGAUAAGUGGAGAUCUUUUGGGUAGCUCAGAGGAGGAUAGGGAAUUUUCAAUUCUUUGAUCACCACUUUGGGCUAUUUGGUUGGAGAGGAAUAGACGAAUUUUUAAUGAUCGGUUCUUACCGUUGGUAUAUAUUCUUAGUGUCACUAUGAGCAAAAGCAAUUGUUCUUUUUGACACGCUACUCUAAAUGAUCUUUGUAGGAGUUAUUGGGAGAUUGUAAUGUGGAUUUUAGAUGAUCUCAUUUAAGAUAUAUCAUCCCUAAUCUGCACUUUCGACCAUUUCCAAUAAUAUAAUUUUCUUUAUAAAAAAAUGAUCUUGCUAAAUCCUUAGAGAAUAACCACAGUUCAUCAUUUGAGGCACACUUGAUUAGUUCUUUGCAAGAUCAAGUACUAACAUCUUGAUAAAUUUAGUACUACUUUCUGUUUCUACAAUGAUGGCUCCUUUUCCUUAUGAGUCUACUACCGCAUCAUUUCUUAUGGGAAGGAUCUCUGUAUAAAGUACUCAGAUAUAUAUUCAUAUUAGUUAAAAAAAGUUCACGAGUCUUAUGCUAUACGGCUUUUACAACAGUCGAAAGUCCAAACAACAUUUUGCCACCACAAUUUGCAUCUUUAUAAAGUAACCUUUGUCAUUUUUUCUAGUUCAAGGAAUUUUUUAUUGAUUAGUACUGGUCUGCUGAUUUUGACGUGUGCUGUUUUUUAAUCUGACCUAACUUCUCUCAAAAUGUGCUUUUAGCUUUUGUUCGAACCAGAAAUCUUGCUCCGAGUAACGUUUUUAUUAGAGGUGGCACUUGAAGGAAAACCCUACAACUAACCUUUUUCCUUUUUUUCGUUCAUCCUUUCUUUUCUUUUAUUCACUCGUCGUUGCCGUUUUUAUGAUGUGAUAAUUUUGAGUGCCAUCACUGCCAUGUUUGAAAAGCAUCUUUUGUUGAAUCCUUAUUCUCGUUGCUAAAUUUUACGUUGUAGGGAUUCGUUUAUCUAGAUCUUUGAUUCCUGGAUUGUAGGGAUUAUGUAAUUGACUUUUUUGGAAGGGUUACACACAUUUUUUUACAUAAUCCUUUUUGUAAUGAUAGUUUCAUCAUAAAUUUUGAUUUAUCUUAAAAUCUAGCUUAGUAUUCUUUCAUAUCCUCUCCUUUGAUGUGCAUAUUCUUUAUUUAGAAUUACUCUUUUUGUUCCUUUGAUUUUGCUACACUUUGUAUUUGAAAGCUAUGGAAAAACAAUGGAGGUAAAGCAUACAGAACUUGAUGAAAGCAAAAUGCUAAUUCAUUCUCUAGAAUGAAUAGUUAAAAAAAACUACAAAAGAGGACAAAACAUCUCUUAAAUAGAGAAGGACAAAAACUAUUCUAUGAUAGAAAAGAAACUAAACAAUGACGUGGCAAGAUUACAUUGAAGACCAAAAAGAAAGAAAUAAAAGAGUACAAGUCACAUGACUUUAAUAGUAUUUUGGGUAGUUCCUUUGCUUUUGCUCUAUUUUUAUCUUUAAUGUGGUCCCAUAUUCCUGUUCUUAAUCUCAUCCACAAACCCAUUAUUUUUCUUCAUCCCAUAAAGAUAUUUUUUCAAUCUGCUUGUCUUUUGUCUUACUCUUCAACUACAAAUUAAUAAAGUAAUAAAAUCCUAUUGUAGCACAAUCAAAGGGACAAAGGGCGUAUAAUUUUUGAUUUUAUCUUGGUUCCUUGGAACUCCACUAGAAGGAUGAUUCGAGCUACCUUACAUGUCUAAGCGUUGAUGAUCUUGAGUGAUCCAAUUGCAGUAAUUUAUAUGAAAGGAAGAGAUGGUAGGCUUGAAGAACUUGGAAGGACAGAAAUAAUAAUGAAUUCACUUAAUCCUGCCUGGAUCAAAAAGGUCAAUGUAAUAUAUCAUUUUGAACUUGUGCAGACAUUAGUGUUUCGUGUUUAUGAUGUAGAUACUCAGUUUUUCCAUGCCGAAGAUGUACAGAUGAUUAACUUGGAUGACCAGCAAUUUCUAGGCGAGGCUUCAUGUGCAUUAUCAGAGAUAAUUACGAGAUCAAAUAGAUCAUUGACUCUAGAUCUUGCGCAACCUGGAGAAAUUGUAAAAUCAGUACAUCCAAGCAGCUCUGGAAAGCUUACAGUUAAUGCUGAAGAAUCUAUUAGUUCCAAGACUACAACUGAAUUGACAUUCAGGUGUUCGGAGUUGGAAAAUAAGGAUCUCUUCUCUAAAAGUGAUCCCUUCUUAGUGAUAUCUAAAGUUGCAGAAAGCGGGACCACUAUUCCAAUUUGCAAAACUGAAGUUGUAAAGGAUGAUUUGGACCCUACGUGGAAGCCUCUGUUCUUGAAUAUUCAGCAAAUUGGAAGCAAGGACAGUCCAUUGAUUAUAGAGUGCUUGAACUUUAACAGCAAUGGGAAGCAUGAUUUGAUUGGGAAAAUUGAAAAAUCACUAGCAGACAUGGAAAAGAUAUAUUCAAGUCGGAAUGGUGCAAAUCUAUAUCUACCUGAUGCGAUUGGACAUGAUAACCACAAUAAAGUCUUGAAAAGUCAACUCUUUGUGGAUAAGUUCUUAGAGAGCGUCCAAUACACUUUCCUUGAUUAUUUAGCUGGUGGGUGUGAGCUGAAUUUUAUGGUGGCAAUCGAUUUUACAGCCUCAAAUGGAAAUCCCCGCCUGCCAGAUUCCUUGCAUUACAUUGAUCCAUCAGGUCGUCCAAAUGCAUACCAGAAAGCAAUAUUAGAGAUUGGGGGAGUGCUGCAAUUUUAUGAUUCAGACAAACGCUUUCCUGCGUGGGGUUUCGGAGCACGUCCAAUUGAUGGUCCAGUAUCUCAUUGCUUCAACUUGAAUGGAAGCAGUAACUACUGUGAGGUUGAAGGGAUUCAAGGAAUCAUGACAGCUUAUACAAGUGCUUUGUUUAAUGUUUCACUUGCUGGACCGACUCUUUUUGGUCGUGUUGUUACCGUUGCAGCUGACAUUGCUGCUCAGGCUCUUACAGAAGGAAAACAAAAAUACUAUGUGUUGCUAAUAAUCACGGACGGAGUGAUAACAGAUCUCCAGGAAACAAAAGAUGCCAUUGUAAACGCGUCUGAUCUACCAUUAUCGAUUCUCAUUGUUGGCGUCGGAGGAGCCGAUUUUAAGGAGAUGGAGUUUUUGGACGGAGACAAUGGAGAGAGACUGGAGAAUACAACCGGACGUGUUGCAUCCCGUGAUAUUGUACAAUUUGUACCGUUUCGUGAUGUCCAAGGUGGAGAAGUAUCGGUAGCUCAGACACUUUUAGCAGAAUUGCCUACACAAUUUCUAACAUACAUGCGGACCAAAAGCAUCGAACCCAAUCGCAUGGUGUUGUAAUAACUGUACAUUUUUUUUUCUUCUUUACCUUGUUCUUUUUUUGUAUCUUAGCUUCUUUUUUCUGUGGGUAAUUCGAGUCAAAAUUAUCAGCUCGAUACCCAUUUCUUCGAUUUCUUUUUGUUCUGUUGUGUUUUCUUCUUGCUACUUGUUUAUUUUAAUUAAAAUUUUUGUCUUCCUUUUGGAAAGGGAACAUGAAAAGGGUGAAUCCUAGUGUUGUAGGAACAAAUACGAAAACAUUUUUUGAAUGUCAUACAAAGCAAUGUUGGCUCUUUACAUAACAGGUGUGAAGAUUCUUUGUCCAAUUCUUUAUGGUAAUUGCGGGAUUAGGAGACACAAAUGUCCAUCUAUGCAAACUUUUUUUUGGAUUUCUUGCUAAAGUUGUGAUUAAUUUUACAAUUAACCAUUUGUAUUCUUAGUGCAAGUGAGCAACUAUUGGUGCAUUUUGUUUUAUUAUAAUAAUUAUGUUCCAAAUUUUUUAGUUUAUCCUUUUACUCGUGUAUACUUGUUUUCCCAAAGUAAUUAUACAAAUUAAAUGAUGUACGGAUAAUAAUAAUCAAAGGUUUAAAAAAGAAAGGUGUAGUAGGAAUGAACCAUCUCCAAAGUUAAUGAUCUGAUUUAUUCAUGUAUUUGCUUUCUGGGUGAUCGUCUUGCUUGGCAGUUGGCAUAAACUAUUGAUGAAUGAUAGGAAUCCAUCGCCAAAGUUAAUGAUCUGAACUCUUAAUAAUCAGGCAAUCCCUUGUGAAUUUUUUCUUUUUUUUUUUUGCUUGAUUAUCAAAUUUGAACAUUUAAGGUGGUAUUUGGAAAACUAACAUUUGAAAAUUUCAUCUUCAAUUCAAAUCAAUGUAAGUGAUUUUCUAUUUUUGGGAGAUAUCUUCCUUUAAAAUCAACUUUUUUAUGAAAUAAAACUCAACUUCUAAUCAACGAUUGCUCGUUAGAACUCAGCGAUCCUCUCUAUCAUUCCAACUUU